AAAUUAAUAAAGUGAGUCAGUGAUAAAGUGUGAAGUGUUCUGUGAGUUCCAGCCCGAUGGUGGUGGUGGUGAGGGUCAGGAGCGCGCACAGGCGGCGGGUCGUGCUGCUCCUCCUCAGUGUCACCGGGAUCAUCAUCAUCUACCGGCGCUUCAGUGGACAAACAGAGAAGGUGAAGAUCAGCAGGGAGCAGGGGUUAAAGGUGAACUCUUCCCAGUUCACGUUGGGAGGCGAGCCGUUCCGCAUCCUCGGGGGUUCCCUUCAUUACUUCCGCAUCCCUCGGGCUUACUGGAAGGAUCGCAUGAUGAAGAUGAAGGCUUGUGGCCUCAACACUCUAACCACAUACGUGCCGUGGAACCUACACGAGCCUGAACGAGGGAAUUUCCAGUUCACAGCAGGUCUGGAUUUGGAGACGUUUCUCCUCCAGGCGGCUGAUGUGGGUCUCUGGGUGAUCCUUCAUCCGGGUCCAUACAUCUCCUCGGAGCUGGACCUCGGAGGAUUGCCAAGCUGGCUGUUAAGAGACAGGAACAUGAAGCUGAGGACGACAUACGCUGGCUUCACGCAGGCCGUCGAUGCGUUUUUGGACCAACUCAUUCCCAAAAUGGUGCCCUUACAGUUCAGGAAAGGCGGCCCGAUCAUCGGCAUGCAAGUGGAACAUGAAUACGGGUCGUAUGCAGUGGACGAGGACUAUAUGGCGUUUCUGAAGGAGGCCAUCGAGUCGAGGGGCAUCAGUGAGCUUCUGUUCACAUCAGACACCCAUGAGGGCUUAAAGACUGGAGGACUGAGCGGAGUCCUCAGGACUCUGAAUCUGCGGAAACUAAAUUACGAAGACGUCAAGUAUCUGGAAUCUGUGCAGCCGAACAGCCCGGUUUUUAUUAUGGAGUACUUGACCGGACACUUCGAUGGCUGGGGAGAUCUGCAUCAUAUCUUUCCUGUAGAAGACAUGGUUGCGGUGGUGAGAGAGGUUCUGCGGCGCGGCAUGUCCAUCAACCUGCACAUGUUCCACGGAGGAACAAACUUCGGCUUCAUGAGUGGCGCCGUAGCAAAGCCAUCUUACAAGGCUCUCAUCGCGAGCUAUGAUUAUGAUGCGCCUUUGUCCGAGGCCGGUGAAUACACACCCAAGUACCAUCUGCUGAGAGAACUGAUCGGUCGAUACAGCCGAGCUCCUCUGCCGGAGAUGCCGGCUCUGCGCUGGAAGGAAAGCUAUGAAGCAGCCAUCAUCUACCGACACCUCUCUCUGUGGGACGCUCUGCCUUUCACACACAAGCCUUUUAAAUGCAGGAGUCCGGUUAAUAUGGAGAAUCUCCCCGUAAACAACAGGAACGGACAAGCGUACGGAUACACACUGUACAAGACCACCAUCACCACCGGAGGCCUCUUAAAAUCAGGAAACAACAUCCGGGACAGAGCACUGGUGUUCGUGAAGAGAGGCUUCAUUGGCAUUUUCAACUACAAGAAUGUCGAGUUAGCAGUUUCUGAUGGGAAGGAGCCUCGAACAUUGAGUUUGCUGGUGGAAAACUGCGGAAGAGUGCACUUUGGCCAGACCAUGGACAAUGAACGGAAAGGGAUUGUUGGAGACAUUUUACUGAACAACGUGCCUCUUCGAAACUUCACAGUUUACAGCCUGGAUAUGACAAGCAGCUUUAUUAACAGUUUGUACAGAGCUCCGUGGAGGUCUUUCCCUCACAAGCCAAGCUUCCCGGCGUUUCUCCAGGGAAGACUGUUCGUCGAUGGAUAUCCGAGUGACACCUUCGUUAAGCUGCCUUGCUGGAGUAAAGGCGUGGUCUUCAUCAACAGCCAGAACGUUGGACGAUAUUGGCACGUCGGCCCCCAGGAGGCGCUCUACAUCCCAGGGCCUUUCCUCAACAGCGGACUCAACUAUGUCACUGUGUUUGAGGAAGAGGAAUCUGAUUUUAAACUCCAAUUCGAAACCGGUCCAGAUCUGGGAAUGACCAUCGACAUCCAGUGACCACACGAUGGACUCAUACAGGUCACGCCAAAGGAUAUCUGCUCAAGGCCGAGAGACACCAUCAUCAUCAUCAUCAUCAUCAUCAUCAUCAUCAUCGCUAUAACAUCCAGCUUCAAACACCCCAAAUUGUGUUGAGGGAAAAAAAAGAGCUUGGCGACCUUAAUCAUCGCUUUCGUGCAAAACUAGAGAAGCACACAUUUCACAAUCAUUAACA